GUCCUCCUGCAGCACCGUCUCGACCCCUGCCUGUGCCUGUGACUCCGGAAAGUUUCGGUCCGUCCUCUCUCUCGGUAGAUGACAAUGACAAACCGUGGGCGUCUGCAGAGAAGAUGUUGGGGGAAGACCAGCAGGGACGUAUAGGAUGCCUGAGAGACAGACGAGCCUAAUGACGCAACGGGUUUAACGUUACUCAAUACUGCUUGAAAUUGUGUGGGACAGGAUAAUACUUGCAGGAUUUCCUAUGACCAAAAGCAGGCUGAGGACUCGGAAACUGACAGAUAUAAAGUGACAGGCACGCAGAUCAUCUCCCCGAGCUGUGCUGGAAACAAGCUUCUCCGGACACCAGGCACCAACAAACAUGAUGGCAUACCUUAUAUUACUUUUUCUUCCUUGUGUUCUCAGUGCACGGGCGCGCAUUUUAGUCCCCGGGUUUGAACUAUCCAUCUCCCAAGAGCCAUAUAGGGAGAGCAGGAAAGUUCUGACUACUACGGGCAAAGAAUGUAAGUUCCCAUUUCGUCAGGGUGGACGGAUUCAUCACCACUGCAUCACCAUCCUGUCCUCAAGACCGUGGUGCUCCCUCACACAUAACUUUGAUCGGGACCGGCAGUUUGGCUUCUGCGCACCAGAGAAAACUCAGCCAGAUGUUUUUGUCCACACAUCCCGCAGAAUCCCAAAUCCAUGUCAGGGGACUCCCUGUCAGAAUGGAGGCGUGUGCACGCCGAUCCCACACAGAUACUCGUUUGAGUGCUCCUGUGCUGAGAACUUCACUGGGAAACUCUGUGAGCAGAAAAAGUGCUAUGAAACUGUACACCUGCGCCAUUACGACUCUGGAGAGUCUUGGGGGCGGAUUCACCUCCGUAAUGUGGAACAGUGCACAUGCAUGGCAGGGGAAAUCGAGUGCGAAAGAGUCCGCUACACAACUUGCCGUUCAAACCCUUGUAAGAAUGACGGAACGUGUCGACUGAUCAUGGCAACCGGCAAGGAGGUGUGUAGCUGCAGAAGUGCCUACAGCGGGCCAGACUGCAGCUUUGAGCCGGAGACAGAGUGCUAUAAAAACAGGGGUACAGGUUACAGAGGGCUGGUGGGCACCACGUUGUCCGGCGCCCUGUGUCUGCCGUGGAACUCAGACCUGCUGUAUGACGAGCUCCAUGUGGGCACGGUGGUUGCCUCGUCCUUCAGGGGCCUCGGGGAACAUGCCUACUGCAGAAACCCAGAUGGGGACAAGAAGCCGUGGUGCUACACACUAAAGGACAGCGCCAUCUCCUGGGAGUACUGUGACGUCCCCUCCUGUGUGAUGUCUGUGUCUUCUUCUCGGAGGAUUAUCCCAUUGAAUGUCCCGCCCAGCGUUAAAAAACCAAACUCAGACGAGCCGGCAAAAAAGCCUGUGUGCGGGAAAAAGCACAAGAAGAGGUUAUCGAUAGCCAGGGGCCGGAUAAUGGGUGGAAAGUCCGCUCUGCCGGGCACUCACCCCUGGAUGGCAGCCAUUUACAUUGGACAGUCAGACUUCUGCGCCGGCAGCCUGAUCGCCUCUUGCUGGGUUGUCUCUGCGGCUCACUGCUUCUUCCGCAAUGUGUCUUCCCUCAGCCCCCUGAAGUCUCAGCUUCGCGUGGUGUUCGGCCAGCAUGGUUUCAACGUCACCGGUCCCAACACCAGGACAUUCGGAGUGGAGGACUACAUCUUUCCAAAACAGUUCUCCGUGUUCAAUCCAACACUUCAUGACAUUGUUCUGAUCAAACUGAAGAAGGAGGACGGGCACUGUGUGAGAAGGACCCCCUUUAUCAGUCCCAUCUGUCUCCCAGACAAAAGCGUGACGUUCCCUGAUGACUACUGCUGUAUUAUUAGCGGCUGGGGACACAUGCAUGAGAAGGCAAAUGGUUACAAUACUCUGCAGGAGGGUGGAGUGAGACUGAUUCCUCAUGAGACUUGUAGAAAGCCAGACGUUUACGGCAACCAUGUCACCGCUGACAUGUUUUGUGCGGGGCUCAACGGCUGUGUUGACGCCUGCCAGGGCGACUCUGGAGGCCCUCUGGCUUGUGCGAGGAAUGAUGUCAGCUUCCUGUAUGGGAUCAUCAGCUGGGGAGAGGGCUGCGGCCGCUCUGGAAAACCUGGUGUUUACACUAAAGUAGUGAACUAUAUCGACUGGAUCAAUUCAGUGAUCAGACGCAAACCCAAGGCUUCAUGAUUGGACGUUACCUGGACAUUAGCUUUAAUAUAUGAUAUAUUGUACUAUAUUGUAUUCUAACUUUAUUUGUAAUGAUUGUGGAAGUUUAUUUUUUAACUGUGAAACAUUUUGUGAAUGAAUAAACCCUUACUGACUUGA